AUGCUGACAAAUCAACCUGGCUUGGAGGGUGGAGGAGGCAGGUCGCUGGGGCAAUGUGAUUUAUUCCCAUGCCGGCCCCAGAGAGCUGAUGAUUGCAAGGACGUCCCACCUGUAAAGUCGGCCAGUCGGAGAAUGCAACGUUGGGACGAGGAAAGACUAGCCAAAGAAGAGGUAAACAGGCGGACCGACCUUGGGGUCAGACAGCAUGACCAGUCGUCAGGGUAUCAAAGUGACCCGGCGCCCCAACGCUCGAGGGGGCUGGAGGGAGUGUCGGAAGUGGGCGGUGGCCGGCCGGGAACCGGAUGA